GUAACAAGAUGUUCCUGCAAGCGUUUCUAUUUUUCAUAUUAUUAACAAAUGAGACUUUCAGUCAACCCUACAAUACAGUUGGAGGUAUUGUAAAGAAUUGUCCUAAACCUAAUGAACAUUACGAAUGUACAAGCACCUGUGAAUCGAAUUGUUCAACACUAGGUUUACCUUGUCGACUGAGAUUCAUUCGAUGUAACGACGUUUGCUAUUGCGACGAAGGAUUCUCGAGGGACUCAAAGGACAACUGCAUUCCUAGUAGCCAAUGCCCGAACAAGAAGUAACAAACGCGCAAUAAAUCCACUCGA